AUGCUGCAUUUAAUGUUGCAACUAGUGACAAGUUGUUUUAUUACAUGCGGUGAUGGAGCUAUUAUUAAUAUUUCUGUUCAGUAUGGAAAUAAGGUUAGGUGAACGAUCUGGAUCGAGUGGGUGAGAGCCUGCUUGUAGUCGCAGCCUCCGGUGCGCCUUGCGCUCGUGCGCACGUAAAAUAGCAACUCUCGUGACGUGUGCGGGUUCCAUAUAAAAUAUAUAAACUAACGAGAAAGUGCCCAGAGAAAUAUGUGCUGAAUCCAGAGCGUCUGCUCGCUCACUCUCGCGAUGCAAGUCCUAGUAGCGUUUCUUCUGUUGACGAUCGGUUUGGGCGCAGUUCAUCCGGAUGCGAAAGUCGACCUCCGAAAACAACGUUACGCCACUUCCGCUUGUGAUUCGUCUGUCACGUACGACAAAGUUUUAUUGAAACGGUUGACGUUGCUCUCGAAAUACGUUUUUACGGGAAAAGUGUAUGCAGUAACAACAGGUCACAAUGAAACGCGAGCUUACAAAGUUAAUAUACGACGUGUACUCAAGGGAGAUUUGAGCGGUAUAGGGUUCAAGGUUAAAUUUGGAACUCCCAAGUCGUUGCGAUUCAGUGACGCGACUGUGUUGGUUGAGAGCACUUUUAGGUCCCCGUGUCCUCCGCUACGAGUGAGAAACUACGGUAUAUUUUUGACCGAAAAGAAGAAAAGAAAAGGUACCAUCAAAUUAAAUCUGAUUGUAGAACCGAUGAUAUUAACUUUGAGAAGCAUUGACAUCGUAGAAGCAGUCGUAAAAGGUAAGGAACGUUAUGUUACCUAAUCAAAGAGCCACAACCGCAACCAAUUGUUUUAAUAACAGAAAGCGCUUAAAUAAACAACUAGGCGGCAAUUAGUUGUAGGGCGGGGCGCGUGUCAGCGUAGCGCUGUACGAUGUGAAGUUAUUACGGCUACCGGUCGUCGAGCUACUGGCAUCUAAUCAUUCCGCCUUUCUAAUUUAAUUUUGUAUUGAGAUGCUCGCUAGUAAAAUUGUUUAAACAAAGCUUUUGGUUUUCGAUUAUACAAUUUGUGAAGUUCUACUGAUUACGUAAUGAUUUGUUUAUGGAUUAUGUGUGCUGUAGUCGAAAAGGUUUAAAUUUCGUGGAACAGUCAUGAACAAAUCGUAUCCCGAUGAGUCGUCGUUGAAGUAAUCUUGGCCUAAAGGAUAAGACGUCCGGUGCAUUC